AUGGCGGGCAAUGGUCCGGCUGCAGCCAAGUCAGGAGUGCAACGACUAUGGAGUUUCGGCUCUGAUGAGCAGCAAGACCUACGACGGCCAUCAACCACUCAAGCUGUUGCUAUUGGCAGUGAACCAGGGACGCCACCGUCGAUGAUUCGACAUCGCCGUGCCGACCCACGAGCGGAUUUUCGUCUUAACGUGUUCACUCACUCGUUCUCAGUAACAGAGUCAACUUCGAGUCGUGGUGAGGCUCUCAAAGAGACGGACGAAGGGGCGAAACGUUCCAGCCAAAGCCGCCAUCGUCGUGUUAAGAGCCACACUGGGUUAGCAGAUCACGAUUCGGGGUCUAAUUUUCGUCAACGUACUUACACUAGAUCGCUGGAGUAUCUGGUUCAGCACUUAGCUCCUUCCACUGGCUUUGGAGGGACUUUACCCUCGCCUCGCUACUCCUCACCCACUGCAAAGUCGAAGAACGCAACGCCUCGAGUCUGGUCUCCUCGACAUGGGAAUGUCAUUCCAAGUGUUCCUUCUGUGGACUACCGGAUGAAGUACGAGUUUGCUUUGAUCUUGCACAACAAACCGACUACGCCGCGUAUUCUCGCUCGAAAUGGACUCGAUGCAGUGGGAAAACGACAAAUGGAGGUACUCAGUCGCUGUAUCAACGCAGGCUUUGAGGUCUUCGUUCUUUCAAGCACUCUGUAUUCACGCAAGUAUCUGGUGCUACUGCUACGACCAUCGCCUUCUAGAUUGCAGACUGAGAAAAGUCGAUUGGUGCUCGAACGUUGGCUACAGAUCGGAGCUGUGGGUGAAGUCCCAUCCGAAAUCGAAGAGCUUAUCGCGUCCAGCCACAUUGGAGACGUGGAAUCACCAACUAAAGAAGCAGAAUACGAAAAUGCCAAAAAGGUGGAAAUUGACGACGAGAAGUUCACUCCUGCUGAGCGGAUCCAGACUAUCGCUCGCAUCAUUACAUCCACUGCCAAUGUGGAAGAGUUGAAUCCUCCAGGGGCAAAUAUUUCGUUUGAAGAGCUCAAUCGCAAUGAAUCAAUCAUCAUGGCCUGCUUCCCGCUCCACAAUCGAUACGUGGACAGUAAGCUCUUGUCCAAAUGUGGACACUGGUGGUGGAAGUCCACCGAAAUCACAAACGAUCUACGUUACUACUAUGGAGAGCGUGUGGCCUUCUAUUUCAGCUUCUUGUUUGUCUACACCAAAUGCUUAUUGGUUCCUGCGCUCAUAGGUUGUGUGGUGUACGUAUCGUGUAGAUGGGUUGGAGCAGGUGCAUACAUGAGGUCAUUGUGCAUCUUUGGGUUUUGCACGGUGACAAUCUGGGGCACCUCGUUUCUAAAGGUUUGGGCAAGACAGAACAAUCUGCUUAAUGACGCGUGGAACUUGAGAUUAUUUAAGGAAGCUGACUACCCAAACGCAACUUUCAAGCCGCAAGGGUAUCGCGAUGUGGUAGAUUCUCACGGUGUUGUGCUAUUCCGCGAGCCUUACUACAACCCUCUGUAUCGGAUUCCAGCAUACCUGCAUACAUUUAUGGUAUUCGCGUUGUUCAUCGCUACGUAUGUCGUGGGAACUGCAUUUUUCGUUCAGUGGUACACGGCUGCAAUGAUGGCUCCGGUAUGCAGUAAAUGUCCAGAAUGUGUUGCAUUCCUAUCGUGUUUUAACACGGAGAGACCAAUCCUGUUUACUGGAAGGUGGUUUUACAUUUUCGCCCAAGGCAUUCUACUUGGAAUUUCACUGGACAUCGUCGUAUACCUGCUGAGUGUGAAGCUCAUUCGGUUCUUCGUGACUCGUGAAAAUCACGUUAUGGAUGCGCAUUUCCAGCGGACGAUGGUCAAUCGACUGUUUGCUAUUAACUGGAUCUCAUUUUUUCUAUGGUUUAUGCUGAUCUCGUUCGUGAUCAUUCCUUUCGGUGACGAGGUGGAAACAUGGUUAUCAGCGAAUUUACAAUACACCAAGCUUACGGUGGAGUGGCAAGGUGGUGUUAUUGAUAUGUCGACGGCGUUUGUCACCCCGCUUCUCAUCACUCAAGCUCUAAAUCUCUUGAUUGAUACAUCCUUACCGAUUAUUUUCCGACGGGAGAAGCUGAGAGCAUCCAAGUUGGCGAAAAAGAUCAUGAAAGCCAACCCAGCAGAGACUCUUCUUGCGCUUUCGGAGUAUCACUCCUCGUUUGAGAAUAUUCCCAGUAAUCUAUCACAGUCCCCUUCGUCGCGUUCGUUGGCUUUCAAGACCAAAAUCGAGCUACAAAUGAUGACACCAAUUCGAAUUCCGUACCUUGAAGACGCACUGGGAGUAUCAAUACCAACAUUGGAAGGCUUCGAAAACGAGAAGUACUUUAUGACAGCUGAUGAUGUGCUUGAAGAAAGCCAACUGCCGCUGUACAACGCAUUUCCUGAUUACCUACGGAUGUCCAUCCAAUACGGAUAUGUCGUGAUGUUUUCAGUUGUGUGGCCGUUCUGCGCAAUGGCAGCAUUCGCAAACAAUGUCAUUCACAUCCAGAACGCUUUCUACAAGCUCGUUUUGCUGCGUCGACGACCAGUUCCGCGGAAGGCGAAUAGCAUCGGACAGUGGGAAAAGAUGCUCUUUAUCACGUUGUUUUUGGCCAUCUUUGUGGUCGUGGGGCUAAUUUGCUUGAGUACUGGCGAGCUUGAGUAUUUUAUCUCAGAAUGUAUAGCUCUAGAGCGAUUCAACGGAAGCGACUUCAGCAUGGGCCCAGAUUUUUCUUGCCUCAGCAUUUCGUCGCGCUUUAUUGUCGCGUUGAUACUGGAGCACGCUGCCUUCCUGGUUGUUUACAUGCUCACGGAUUACAUCUCCGAUACACCUGCCAGUGUGCGGACAUCAUUUGAGCGGAAGAAAGAGCUUAUCCGACGAGCUAUCUGCGGACAAGGACAUCCAACGACACCAAAAGCCGACGGCAAGGGAGUCCCAAUACACCAUGGAAUCAAGUCAUUUGAAACUGCGUAA